UAGGUGAUAAGCCUCAGAGAGGCAAAGUUCUCCUUCCCACAAAGGUGCACAGUCACCAUUCCUGUGGAAGGGAGAGCAGGUUCGCUCAGAGCUGGGCAUCUGGGUGGUGGUUGGGCUGUUGGGGGGUUGUGUCCAGGCCAUCCCUGCAACAGCCCACAGAGCCUGUAGCUGAGAAGAACUGUCCUUCAGAUCAGAUAACCUAUCGUGUUCCUGGAGGCCCCCUCCUCCCGAAAGGACUUUAGUCUUUGGUGCUGUCUGCUGAGCUGAGUGAGAUGGGAGCUCAGCUGGCUGGCAGGCCGUGAAGGAAAGGAGGGAACACGGCAGAGGCUGCCUGCUGCCCAGUCAAGACUCACAUCAUGGAGCCAAGGGCAGCCCGAUUGCGGAGGAGAGAAGGGCCGAGGGGAGAGCAAGAGGACCCACCCUCCGGAGGAAAUGCUGAGGCACGUGGAGGCCCGGACUUGGUGCAAUGGACCCGACAUAUGGAGGCUGUGAAGAUGGAGCUGCUGGAUCAGUUACAGGGACAGCUGCUGGAGCUCCUGGAUCGGGCCAUGUCGGAGGCGGUGCAAUCUUAUCCACCACAAGGCGGACCUCCUUCAGAUUCCUUGAGCAAGACCCAGGAGCCAUCCCUAAAGAAACGGAAAGUUUUCAUCAUUCGCAAGUCCCUGCUUGAUGAGCUGAUGGAGGUGCAGCAUUUCCGGACCAUCUACCAUAUGUUCAUCGCCGGCCUAUGUGUUUUUAUCAUCAGCACCCUGGCCAUCGACUUCAUUGAUGAGGGCAGGCUCAUGUUGGAGUUCGACCUAUUGAUCUUCAGCUUCGGACAGCUGCCCUUGGCUCUGAUGACCUGGGUCCCCAUGUUCCUGUCUGCUCUGCUGGUGCCUUACCAGGCUCUGCGGCUGUGGGCGAGGUCCCAGGCCGGAGGGGUCUGGACGCUGGGGAUGGGCCUGGGCUGCAUGCUGCUGGUCGCCCACAUCGCGCUGCUCGGCGUGCUCCCGGUCCACGUGGCCUCGGAGUAUCAGCUCCCGCCAGCCUCCCGCAGUGUCCUGGUCUUUGAGCAGGUCAGGUUCCUGAUGAAAAGCUACUCCUUCCUAAGAGAGGCUGUGCCUGGGAUCCUUCACGCCAAAGGAGGUAAGGGAGUCCAGGCUCCCAGUUUCUCCAGCUACUUCUAUUUCCUCUUCUGCCCCACACUCAUCUACAGAGAGACUUACCCCAGGACACCCAACGUCAAGUGGAAUUAUGUGGCCAAGAACUUUGCCCAGGCCCUGGGCUGUGUCCUCUAUGCCUGUUUCAUCCUGGGCCGCCUCUGUGUUCCUGUCUUUGCCAACAUGAGCCGGGAGCCCUUCAGUACCCGUGCCCUGGUGCUGUCUGUCAUGCACGCCACGUUGCCAGGCAUCUUCAUGCUGCUGCUCAUCUUCUUUGCCUUCCUCCACUGCUGGCUCAACGCCUUCGCGGAGAUGCUACGAUUUGGAGACAGGAUGUUCUACAGGGACUGGUGGAAUUCCACAUCCUUCUCCAACUACUACCGCACUUGGAACGUGGUGGUCCACGACUGGCUGUACAGCUACGUAUAUCAGGAUGGGCUGUGGCUCCUGGGCGGCCAGGCCCGAAGGGCAGCCAUGGUGGGCGUGUUCCUGGUCUCUGCCGUCGUCCACGAGUACAUCUUCUGCUUCGUCCUGGGCUUCUUCUACCCCGUCAUGCUGAUCCUCUUCCUUGUCAUUGGAGGGCCCAUGAACUUCAUGAUGCAUGACCGGCACACAGGCCCAGCCUGGAAUGUGUUAAUGUGGACCAUGCUCUUUCUGGGCCAAGGCAUCCAGGUCAGCCUGUACUGCCAGGAGUGGUAUGCACGGCGGCACUGUCCCCCGUCCCAGACAACCUUCUGGGGGCUCGUGACACCUCGAUCAUGGUCCUGCCACCCCUAGAGGUCACUGCACACUCAUGGUUCAGAUGACACCACCAAGUUCUUCUCUGCCUCCAAAGCCUAGGAUCAGGGCUCAUCUUUCUGCAUUCCCAGACUCAGCUCUGAGGCAAGGGGGCUACCAUGCAUAACCUCACCCGAAAACUCUAGAGACUCAGAUCUGUGGCCCUGUGGACAGAUGAGCAGACUCACAAUGGUGGUGGCUCUUGAGCCUCCAUCCCCAUAGAUUGGGCACACGGCCCCCUCCCGCACCAUGGCUGUUCAGACUUGGGGAGACUUAAAGAUUUGGUGAAUGUGGGGUGACUUAGAGAGACCUGGGGCCACCAAGGGCUUCAUUGUUGGUUUUUGUACUUCCAAUACAAUAAUAAACUCUGCGUCUCUUUUUACUCA